GAACGUAACUAGGUGACGUCACUUUCAAGGUCACAGACAGAGUUCGCGGAAAAUCUCGUUUUUCAACGCGUGAUUUGACCAGCUGUCAUGCGAUGUAAACAUGGCGGAUACGAACGACGGAGAAAAUGCAACGAAUUUUAGUAGAAAUAAUGUAUCGUCAACCAUGAACGAUUUAACAAGUCCAUUAAUGAACGAUACUGACGUUGGAGAAACAGGAACAAUGAAUGGCUUCCCAGAUGGAGUGUCAGUCAGUACUGAUGAUGCAGCUGAUGAGAGCGUUCGUCAACGCUGGCAGCUCAACUACCAAGAAGCCGCCAUCUAUCUUAAGGAGGGAGAGAACAACCACAACUUCAGCACCCAUCCUAAGAGUCAGGACGCCCUGCCGGCAUACAUCCUGGUGCAUAAUGUCUGGUUCUACAUGAUGGACUUUACUGCUGCCAUUCUGCUGCUCGGCCUCGCCCUGUGUGAAAGACCCGCAGUGGAUUUAGUUAAACUCCCAGAACUCAUCCAUGGGUCUGUGGAGCUUUUUUUACUGAUCAUCAUCGCCAUCGGCCUGGGGUUAAAGGUCAGGUGGCUGGGGGUCAAGAAGUUCUUCCUACACAAGCGAACGGCGAUUAAGACCGCUGUGCUACUUAUUAUGUUCUGUGAAGCCAUCGUCGUCCUUGCCAGGCAAAAGAGCCAUUUUCGUAUCACGCGAGCCCUGCGCCCGUUCUUCCUGAUUGACUGUCAUUAUUGUGGAGGCGUCCGAAGAGUGCUUCGUCAGAUUUUUCAAUCGCUGCUUCCCAUUCUGGAUGUGAUGUUCCUGCUGUUUUAUUUCAUGAUCAUUUUUUCAAUUUUAGGUUUUUUCAUUUUUUCCAGCGUUGAUCAAGAGAACUUUGACAGUCUGCUGGACAGCUUCGUCAGUCUCUUCAUCCUGAUGACCACAGCCAAUUUCCCUGAUGUCAUGAUGCCAGCUUACGCGCAAUCUCCAUGGUCGUUUCUGUUCUUCGUUGUCUUUCUCAUCUUAGAAUUGUAUUUUUUGAUGAAUUUGCUAUUAGCGGUAGUCUACGACACUUUCACUGGAAUAGAGAAGAAAAAAUUCAAAGCGCUGCACCUCCAUAAGCGGACGGGAGCCAGCAAAGCAUUCAAGCUUCUAUGUAGCAGACGGCACCCAGGCAAAGUCAGCUUCACUCACUUUGAGGGACUGAUGAAGUACUACCGUCCACGCUACAGUAAACGGAACGUCAUGCUGGCCUUCAAGUCCCUCAACAUGGCUGACACACAGCUGCUCAGCCUGUGUGAAUUCCAGGAUAUAUACGAGGUUGUGCAGCUGAAGUGGAAAUUGAAACAAGAUGAGAACCGUUUGUGGUUUGAGGAGGUGAUGUAUCCACUCAACAAACCAUUUGAAAUGCUCAAUAGAUUUGUCAAUUGGAAGGGCUUCAACUAUGCCAUAUAUCUUGUGCUGUUCGUCAAUGGCGUUGUGUUUGUUUACAAGACCAUAGUCCUAUCAAAUACGGAGGACAUGUCCCAGAUUGACAAAGGGAUUAUUGCUGUGGACUGGUAUGACUGGGCCUUCAUUGGCAUAUACUGUGGCGAAAUCCUCCUCAAGAUCGUUGGACUUGGAGUCAGUGGCUACAUCAGCUCUGGAUGGAACAUAUUUGAUUUUGCAGUGACAGUCAUAGCCUUGCUUGGGAUGACCAUUGAAUCCGUCAGCUCAGCGUUCUAUUUUGUCAUCUUGAGACCUAUACGGCUCCUGAGAUUGUUCAAAAUCAAGAAGAGGUAUCGGGAUGUCUUUGGAACCUUCUACGUCUUACUUGGUCGAAUGUUAAGUGUGGGCAUUGUCAUUAUCGUCAUGUACUACUUCUACGCCAUCAUCGGAAUGGAGCUCUUCACAGACGUGAAGCUUAAAAACUGCUGCAAGAAUACAACCUACGAGUCGUUCUUUAGUGAGGACGGCAGGUUUUUCUUCUAUCUGAACAAUUUUGAGAACAUUCUUUUCAGCUACGUGACGCUAUUUGAGCUGACAGUUGUGAACAACUGGCAUGUGAUUAUGUUUGGUAUAGCUCACACCACCACGGAAUGGAGCAGAAUCUACUUCAUCUUGUUCUACCUCUCAAGUCUGGUUGUUGUGACGAUCAUCGUGACAUUUAUCCUGGAGGCCUUUGUCUUCAGGAUGCAGUACGGACAGCGCAACUCUCAGGCAGAUGAAGAAUUUGUGAGCUCCAUCACCACGGAGAUGACGUUAUCGGUCCAGGAACUUGACAGGUUUCACCCACCAGAAUCAAGGAACGAUGUCUCCCUAGCAGUGCUACACACCAUGCUGAGAAAUGUGCCUGGAAGAGUGUUAACAUACAGGGGAUCCAGAAAAAGAACAAAAGCAGAUCUUAGUAAGACAAUGUAUGCUGACGAAAUUAAGGAGUGGGUCCGGGAGCAAGACCAAACCCAGCGCCAAGACCUCCAGCAGUUCUUAGUCCGGCAACUCAGUAGGUGCGGCUCCUUUGUGCUCCUCCCGAGACCGGUCGAUGCCCUGUCCCCCGAUGAGGAAACCGGUCACCACAGUGACAGCGACGAGGACAAUGACAGCACGACCGCGUGCCAGCAGCUGCAGACGUUCGCUGAGGAGUAUGUGACCAGUCCCAUUGACAAGGAACUGGAGUGCUGGUCCAGCGGGAUGGACCGACCGUACUGGGAAGAAAAAGAGGAUAGCCUGCUCCCAACGCGAAAAUCCAACUUCGCUUGGAUCAAGGACAACAUCAGCCCCGACAAGAAAUCAUCUUGCCAGUUUAGAAAUGUCAGGAUUGAGGAUGACGAUGAUGAUGAACUCAUCAAAGCCUGAGAGACGUCUUCGUGAGAGAUACAUCCGCGGCGUUCUCUGGGGUUGCAAAGGGGGCAGGACGACUGGGCGGGCACAAUUAUCAAGGCCAAAAGUUAGCAAGGGCCUCUAUCAAGACCAUGGAGGGUUCUCUCUCAAGACAACUUGCCAUUGUGGAAAUAUUGUAGACCAGGUACUUGUGGUGGCUCACAAAUCAAUCGCACAGUCGAUCACAAGGAAAUCACAUGGCUGAUUACAAGUAAAUCACAUGUCCAAUCAGAAGUAUCAUCAGACGCCCCUAAAGCUGUGCGGUCAUUUUUCUACGCACUCACCUUCAAUUUGUGUGUGACAACGCGCGUGCGUUGCAAGCGUUUCCUGCGCAGAUAAUGGAGGGUCUGGGAUAAAUAUUGUGUCUGGUCAGGACCAUC